CAAUUGGAGCAGAAGGAGAAAGCAGCACCUGCAGAGAGCAGUGUGGAUUGCUUUGUGAGGAGCACGAUCCAUGCAAUCUGUGACUCCCACCGACCGACUUCCACCUGCACUGACCAACCAAGAACAUGUUUCUUUUCGGGACGAAAAGACUAAGGUGGGGGUAGUGUUGUAACUCUGCCUUGCACCAGUGCUUGAGGUGCGCACUAGCGUACUAGUGAACGUAAACAGGAAGACACUAGAAGAGAGAGAAGAACAGUGCAUCAGGAACUGUGAAGAGUCUGAAGUUUUGGGAAACUAAGAGGCCAACUUUUGUGUUCCCUGAAGGUUGUAGUAGGGAUCUGAAGCGAAGCGGGGAAGGCUGUCGUUGGUUCACAUUCGGUGUCCAGCUUGAAUCAAAGAUUAGAUAUUCUAGAUCUAUAUACAACUGAAAUGUUUGAUGAAGAACUUUUUCUAGCCAGAAGAUACAUGGUUCCAUGGCGAUUUCGUCUAAACAGAAAAUUAUCAGAAAAAUGGAAGUUAAUCUACCAAAAGGUGAUGUACGAAGAGUUUCUUGUGUCACUUGAAGAAACCUUAGCAGAACACUAUCAGAAUCAUGAACACAAGAUACUAUUAGACUCACUAUAUGAUGACAAAGAGAUUAAUAUUGACAGAUCCAACAGUAUUGCAGGCCAAGUUGUAUGUAACACAAAACCGGUUGUUGGCCAAGCUACUUUGUAUUGUAGCCGCUUGAACAAAACCACGAUUAAAAGUGAUUCCCGUGAACAUGUUAACAAGACCAUUGCUAUAGUAGCCAGUGACACAAGUGAAACUGUACACGUAAGCAACGAUUUGGAUCAUCCAACUGUAUUAACAGUAAAUGAUAAAGAUGGCUAUGAACUCAGUCCAAACAAAGGUGAAUUGUUUCAGACUUUGAGACCCUUGUCAGAAAGUUGUGCUCUCGACAUUCAUAAAAUGCCGAGUGGAGGCAGUCAGAGAGACAAAGGUUGCAGGCAAGACAUGUCUCAUCUAAAGAAAACACGUCUUGCACCAUCCCAUUUACAAAAGAGACUUGAUGAUAUUAUUGGAAUCUAUCAGGCCAGGGAAAGUAUAUCAGAUGUAGUGAAAAUGCGAACAUUACAACGACUUGAAGACUUAAAGAAGAAGAUUGAAGUAACCGAGCAAUCAAAUAAAUUAAUUCAAGCUUUACGAUCUGCUCAUGCACAACAUCGUGUUGCUAAAUAAUGUCUUUUUUUUAUCUAAUCAAAAAUUUAAAAAUUCCAUGACCAUCAUUAAUAUGCUAAGUCAAUAUAUAUCUACAGGACUGAAAGCAGGACUUCUACCAACAAUACCUGCAAUACAUAUAUAUAUAUAUAUAUAUAUAUAUAUAUAUGUGACACCGGAACGUUCGGCUGCACACUAGGCAGAUUAUUUCAGCUGGAGCUAGUGUCAUUGGCCUGGCUUUUCUUUUCUUAUACAAUAUCUUAUAGUAUAAAGCUGAAAGUAAGAUGUAUGUAUGGUACGCAUAGAAAUCAAAACAGAAGAGGAGUAAUUGUGUUUAGGAAUUUAAUACUAAUUAUAUUUCAGGUGCUGUCUUAUCAACUCACUCUGUGGUCUGUCUGGUAAAAUAUUUGUAUACGUUAUUUCUCCAACCCCUUUUUUUGGAUCAUGUUAAAACUUUACAGAAUUAUUUGCUAAAUCUAACAAAACAUGUGUCAAUAAAAAAUUAAACAAUUAAUAAAUAAAUUAUUGGUAAUUAAUUAUUUUGUUCGGUAUCGAAAGAGGAGAAAUGAAUUCUUCUUAUUAAGAGAUAUGGCUGUAGAUGUGGAGAUAUUUCACUUAUUACGUUUUGUACACGUUUUUUCUCCCACUUCUCAUUCUCGGGUGAAUCUGAAAUUUUGCGUGAUCUACUAGAUCUAUAUAUAAGCGAAAAUACCACUGAUCUUUAAUCUAUCUCUUAAACUAUCGUACGUAUCCGCAUCAAUUUUCGUACACAGGUUCCUUUUACCUCUAAGGUGCUCACUAAGAAUGCUUUUUGACAGAAACGCAUCCUGACCGCCGCAAUUCGAGAAAACCACAAGUUCUAUCAAACCUUUUAUUUUAUUUUCGGUAUUUCCCCAAAAGGCCGCAUUCUAAGUAGAAAGCAUAAAUAGAAAUAUUGCACUAAUAGGGUUUGUUGCUGAACAUAAAAAUUAUAUAUGUGUCAGACGCGAAUAGCCCAAUUUUCAGUAAAAGAAAUUACAAAAGUCAUUUCUCUAUAGAAGAAGUUACGAAGGCUAUAUAAAAUACAACCACAGACCUAUAUAUACUACAAUAAAUAUAGGUUUUUGAUUGCUAGUUACGAUUUAUUUAGGUAGGUGCUGUUUUACUAUUACAUACCAAGUAUUAGAGUUUAGAAAAACCCAGGUUUGUUUCUUGUGCAACGCUAUUAGCUAACACCUCAUAUCAUCUCUCCAUUAGUAUAUUUAGAUCUAUAAUCUAAUUCUAGUCUAGAUCUAUUUAUAAAAAUCGAAUAGAUCUAGUAAUAGUAUAGAUUCUAUCAUGAGACUAGAUUGCCGAGUCUAGCCUAUGCUAUGCCUAUAGUCAGUUUUUAUUAGAAAAAAAGUCUAGACAUUAAUAGAGACUAAAGUUUUUUAAUUAUUAGAUAUAGACAUUAGACAUAGAUCUAAUAAUACUGUAAUACGUUUACUAUACUCUAUACUUAAUAUACUAAACUAGAGAUCUAUCUAUAGAUCUAUCUAUAAUCUAGUCAAUCUAGAUCUAUACAAUAUUCAUUAUAAUACUUCUACUUAUAAUGACUUAUUUAAUAAGUUAGUACUUAGACUUAGAUCUAUUAUAGUUUAUUAAUAGAUUUACUUUUCAAUGCCUAGACCUAAUAAUAAAAUUGCUAAUGAUGUCUAAUGACUGAUUUUUUUUAUAGUAAUAGGCCUACUAGAUCUAGGUCUAGACUCCUCUUAAAUCUAGUCUAAAAUAAUGACUGUCUAAGACUCUAGAUGAUUGAGAAGUUCACAUAGAGGUGUUUUUAAUAAUACAGCAUGUCGGCUGAAAGUAUAUAAAGUGCUUUUUUUUUUGUAAAAAUAAAAAAGAGGCUCCGGUACUCAGUGAUAGAUUGCCUAACUUUCAACUAAUAAUACAUUAACAAUAAACGUUGAAUUACAAGAAAAGUUAUCAUUUUUCCCGACAUUGAAAAAAGGUGCCGGUACCCCGUACCGGUGCGUACCGUCACAAAAAUAUAUGUAUAUAUCAAUCUUCUUUCAUUUAAUUUUUUUGCGGGGUUAUUGCUACUUAAUACAUUGAUACCGGAUCGAUUUAAAUAGGGCCUAAGUAUACAAGCAGGAUUUCGAGCAUUGGAUAAAUUUAUUUUUUAAGUACAAAGUUUUAUGGAAGAGGCAAUAUAUUAGUUGUUUGAAGUUUGUAACUUCUUAAAUUCAGGCUAAAAAUAUCGAAGCCUACAUUUUUACACUCAUUUCUAAACAAUUAGAAGAGAUGGACUGACUCAUAGUGUAGCUUGUGUACAUCUGCAAAAACACAAACUCACAGACUUUCAAAACUAUUAAAAGAAAAACUUAGUGAUUAUUUUACUGUAUAAUUCUAUUAUUAUUCCUUUUUAGAAUUAGAAUAUAAACAAAAAUUUGCCAUAUGACUUUAUUUAACAGAAAAAAAAUUAAACUUACGUCUAUUUAUGCGGUUAUUUAUAGUUACCAAGUAAUAUAAAAUAUAUUGAACUAACACGUACAUUCAUCAUAAUGCAGCCGUUUAUGAACAUAGCAUUAUUUAGGACCAAUAUUUUACAAAGGCAGCUUGAAGAAAUCAGGUAUACCCAUUUGGAGAAAAACGACCACUUUACUCAAGAAAAAUUUAAGAAACUAGAACAGACACAAAAUAAACAGUGGCAUUCAUAACAAAAGAAUAUUCAAAAUUGAUUAGAGUAAUCUUUAAAGUUUAAAAUCACUACAAUUUUUUUCAACAAUUAUUUUGUGUAUGAAAUUGUGUAUCGGAAAAUGCCGGGUACAUGAAAUAAGCUAGUCCUAAAAAAACAACACAGAUCUUGGGUAAAAUACUCAUCAAAUAAAGUACUGUAAAUGUGUAGUUUCACGCGCUAGUUUCAGGUCUUUUCUUUUUAUAGCCUCUAUCGGGUUAUAUCCCAACUACCCGUAUUUUUGUGCAGAAUUUUUUUCUCUAUCAGGUACACUUAAAAUUAUAGCAUAAUAAUGUCAGUUUAAUUUAAAAAGAGAACUGAAAAAUACAAAGAUAUAUAGGGAAAAAAGCGACUUCCGGCCCAAUACUUUUUAAUCAAAGAAACGAAACGGACUAGUCCAACAAACCCUAUUUAAUAUUUUAAAGUAACUUUUUUUUUCUUUUCCAUAAUUCAUUUAUUUUUAGCGGCUCCCGUAAGGGGAAAAAGCCGCUAUUAGGUUUGUUAAAUAUGUCCGUCGGUCCGUCUGUCGGUCUGUCACACUCAGAUCUCGAAAACUAGAAGAGAUAUAAAAAAUAUUAUUUCACCAUUAAAUGCGGCUUGAAAAGUUUAGGUGCAACGACUACUUUUGGUUUUCUAAAAGCAAACCGUCUAAUUUAUAAAAUUAAUUAUGCAAGCGAUUUUUUUAAUAAAAAUACACCAAUUCUAAAACAAUUACGUAAAUGUAAGGGAGGCAAUGUUACAAUAUGCAGUUUUGGAUAUUCUCAGCAUCACAAAGUCAAAUAUAUUUAUAAAAUGUACAAGAAAUGUUUACAACUGUCACGUACACUAUAUCAGUAGUUAGCCAUAGUCUAUAUUUAGCUUGUCGGCAGAAUUUUAGCUACCUCGGGAUUUUCUAUCACUAAAUAAUGUUUUGAAAUGGAUAUGAUUGGUUUGAGAUGUUGAUUGUUGUACACUGAGCUGCAUUUAUUGGUCAGAUUUUAACCAAGCGGCAGAGAGAUAUUUAGUCACAUGACAAAAAGGCCCAAGCUUUGUAAGCUGAGAGAUAUUACCGCCAGUCUUGUGCGGAAAGUGUUAGAGAUAACAUGUACUAGAGUCUAUGUUAGAACUCAUGAAAGAAAACAUAAUUAUAUUAUUGUGUAGAUUACUGUAGAUCAUUUAUUCUAUUCAAGUACAUUUAACCAUUGUAAUUAUUUGUGAAUAGCUUUUCCAAGUUUUGAAUUAAAGUAUUUGGUUAGACGAAGAGAAGUUUCUUCAUUGAAUACAUAAUGAUAUACUUAGAUCGUCUUGUCAACUAGUAACUUCUAGAUGAUCAUCUAUCAACUAGCAACUUCUAAAUGAUCAUCUUAUCAACUGACGAUUUCUAAAUCCUCGGCAACCACGGUCAUUGAUAGAGCAAUAUAGAUCAAGAUAAUCUUCAACGUGACAUCUAACAUCAUAAAAGAUCGUAACAUCUGACACCAUUUAUGAUCGUGACAACAACAAAUAAAAAUAAUAGUUAAAGGUGUUUUUUCUGGUCAACUAGCUGCUAAAAUUAUAAGAAAACAUUUCUGUUUGUUUAUAAAGGCUAAUAAUGCACUUUGUAUGUAAAUAUCACGCACACUUUUUAAAAUUGACUUUUUAUGCAGCAAACUUUCGUGCAGUAGCGUAACGUCGCAACAUGUGUUGAUGCUAAACCAAUUCUUUAAAUUUAAAAAAAAAAUCAGGAUUAUUUUUUUUGUUUAGUGCCCCCCGAAUAAAAGAAGCUUAUUUUUGUGCAUUUUUUUCUGUUGGUUGGUCUGUCCGUCACGAUUAGAUUAACAAAUAACACUAAAGGCUAUUGUGAAUCUGAUUUAACCUUAAAAUUUUCAUUCAGGAAUAUUGCAAUAGUUUUAAGUAUCUAGAAUAGAUUGUUCCGGAUGUUUUGUGAAAAACAAAUCAAUGCCAACGAAUAUUUGUUUGCUCUUCUAACUUAUAUUAGAUUUUAUUUCCAUACUUAAACGUU